UACAAGAAAAUUUCGGACGAGUAUGAUGACGACUUCUUGGCCCGGGCGAAUGAUGAUAUGGGCGUUGUCCUCACUUUUGCUGGUCUACUAUCAGCUGUCAACUCUUCAUUCAUCGGCAGCAUGCAACCCGACCCUGGAGAUACUACGAAUGUCUUCAUGCUAAAGUUGGUCCAAAUUACUGCCGAAUAG